AAUUGAUGGGAGGGACGGGGGUCAUUGCUGAAAAAUGUCCCCAGUAAUCUCUCAUUCAUUAUGAGUGACAACGACCCGUCUCUGAAGCUCAAAUGGGCUGUUCUGCCGUCACUUUCAUUAGUCUGCUGCGUUUUUAACAUCCCACACUAGACUCAUCGGAGCUGUUUGUUCAUCAUCCAGAGCGCAUUAUUGUGCGCACCAUCACUUCAGAAGAUGGAUAUGAACUCUAGAACAUGUGGAUUUUUCAUUUGUAUCAUCCAGACUUUGCUUUUGUCAUCGGCUACUCUGGAACCUUUCGACCUGCUGUAUGAUAGCGGAGUGGAGGCUUUUUAUAAAGGAGAUUAUGGAAGUGUGGUGCGGUACAUGGAGAGCGCGCUGAACAGUUUCUCUGAAGUGCGCCGGACUAGAAUCACAUGCAGACUCAAAUGCAGGGACCAGAAUCGCUUUGACAGCUUUCAGACCGAGAAGAUUUUUGAAGUGAUUCUUCAUAAGGCGCACUGUUUAAAUGAAUGCAUUGACGGGAAGAUUGGACCCCAAUCCAUGCAUAAAAUCAGCGAGGAUGUCAUUCAGGAUUUCAACAGGAGAAUUCCAUAUAACUACCUGCAACUUGCCUACAGAAAACUCGGGCAACUGGACAAAGCUGCGUCUGCUGCUCAUACGUAUUUCCAGGCCAACCCUGAGCAUGUGGAGAUGAGAGAGGACCUGGAGCAGUACAAAGCACAGAAGGGUGUAAAAGAGGAACAUUUCAUUGACCGGGAAUCACGUCCACAUCAGAGAGCCUUCUUCGCUGGCGUGAAGCUCUAUGACAAAGGCCACUAUGAAGAGUCGAUGUCGCUGUUUGAGAAGGCUUUGAGCGAGUAUUAUCAUGCUGAUGAGGAUUGUCGGGCCCUUUGUGAAGGACCGCAGCACUUCGAGGAGCAGGAUCACGUCUUGUACAAAUACAGCCUGUACGAGCUCAUCUCAGAUCAUUACACACAGGUCCUUCACUGCAAGCAUGAGUGUGUCCGAGACUUGGCCACUCGUCCCGGUCGCCUGUCACCCAUGGAAAACUACCUGCCACUGCAUUACGACUACCUGCAGUUUGCUUAUUACCAAGCUGGGAGGUAUGAAGAGGCAUUGGACUGCGCAUUGACUUAUCUGUUGUUUCACGAAGGCGAAGAGUUCAUGACGGAGAAUGUGGAGUUUUACAGAGAGGUGCUAGGACAUGAUGGCCAGCCACGUAAGGAAGCUAAAGGGUAUUUGAGGCGGCACAAACAGGAGUUAGACCUGCUCCUCAUUGGCAGCAGUAACCUUGGUGUGGCCUAUACUGAAGGGAGCUACUGGAGCAGUUCAGGUGGUAGAGAAGAUGCGAACAGGAUUCCUUCUGGUACAGAUGGCUGGAUGGAUUAUGUGCCAAUAUCAGCCAAAAGAAACAUCACAAUGUCUAAGUUGCCAGAGCUGAGGGAAGGAGGUCCACUGCUGUAUGAAAAUGUGCAUGUCGUACUGAACUCUCUCUCCCUGAACGGCAGUCAGCGGGUGGUUCUUGAUGAUGUCAUCAGUGACGAGCAAUGCUCUGACCUCAGAAAUCUGGCACAUAGUGUCGCUGCAGCUGGUGAUGGUUACAAGGGGAAAAUGUCUCCUCACACGCCGAAUGAGAGGUUCGAAGGGGCGACGGUACUGAAAACAUUUAAGUUUGGCUAUGAGGGGCGUGUUCCUUUAAAAAGUGCCCGCCUCUUCUAUGAUGUCAGUGAGAAGGCUAGACGCAUCAUUGAGUCCUACUUCAAGCUCAACUCAACUUUGCAUUUCUCCUACACUCAUCUGGUGUGCCGGACUGCUAUAUCGGGUCAGCAAGACCACAGGAAUGACCUCAGUCACCCCAUUCAUGCUGACAACUGUCUUCUUGACCCAGAGGCCAACGAAUGCUGGAAGGAGCCUCCAGCGUACACUUACAGAGACUACAGUGCCCUGCUGUAUCUGAAUGGUGAUUUUGAUGGUGGAGAAUUCAUCUUUACAGAAAUGGAUGCCAAGACGGUCACAGCCUCGGUGAAGCCCAGAUGUGGGCGCCUGGUGGGCUUUUCUUCGGGUGGAGAGAAUCCACAUGGUGUUCGGGCUGUCACUAGAGGGCAGAGGUGUGCCGUGGCUCUCUGGUUUACUUUAAACCCCCUCUACAGGGAGCUGGAAAGGCUUCAAGCAGACGAAGUGGUUCAGGCUCUGGAUAAUCAGCACAUGUUUGAAGAUGACCUUCGCAUCAACCCAAAAGAUGAAUUAUAGUCCAUCUGCCAAUGGAGGAAAGCACAGGGUUCUUUACAUCUAUACCUAUUUAUUUAAAGACCAGAAUAACUUUAUUUUGUUUACUGUUGUGAUGUGUUUAUUUUGUUUCUGGCUGUUUGCAAGAGUGUUAUUAUAAUGUGUGAAUAUGAAAACCUCAGUUCGCAUUGAUAACCUUAUAAAGCAAAGCAACCCAAGCUCAUUCUGAAUACGUACCCUUAUAUAUGCUUCUGGAGAGCGCCAAAUAUGUCCCAGAAGGUACUUUUUUUCUUUUUUUUGCAGUUUUUGAUAUUGUAAAUCUAUCAGAGGCCGCUGUGUAUGCUUUUUGUACGCUCAAAUUUCUCUCACGAGUGCCAUUCACACCUGCUCUUCUCGUGUAAAUCCACCAGAGGCCGCUGUUGACUAGGGAUGGUUAGUUUAAGCAAAUUAGAUGAACGCAAUAAUGCGUGUUGAUGAAGGGAGUCACUCAACGCAUGCGCCAUACUGCGCGCUUUGCCUUCUAUAAGCAACAAGAACAAACGUCUGACAUCUCUGACGGUGUCUGUAUCCCUCAAAGCUGUUAAGAAUUACAUAUUUAGAGAUGUUGUGACAAUACGUAUUUAUGUGUGCCUUUGAUGCACCCCUUGAUGUUUUUUUUUUUUUUUAUGUUUUUUUGUCGCAGCACCAGUGGCACUGGAAUUAGGCACCAAAAUUCAUAUGCUGAUUUGGUCCGGUGCAUACAGGUUUCAAGGUGUUUUAGUACCCAACCCUACUGUCGACUGACCGAUCGAUUGAUCUACCCUUCUCCUAAAUCCAACCGGUUGUGUUUUUUUCAAAUGCAUCAGACUUCCCUUAACCCAACCGAGUGUUUACAAAAGCAAUUCAGAAAAUGAAGUCCUUGAUUUUUACCAUGUUUUACCCUGUUAUUUAUUUGUUCAUUUUAUUUUUGUCUUACUAGCUUUCUGGAACCAUUCUUCGCCACACUCAAACCCCGCCGUCUUCGCUUGGCUUCUUAAGUCCACCAACAUACACGUCGAGCCACUGGACAAACUAGUAACAGCGGAAAAAAGCCGUCCACACAUGGAGGUAAACGGUCAGCUGUUAAUCGUGAAAAGGAACCGCGUCAUAGCGUUCAGUAGCGUUCGUUUUAAAGACGGUAUGCAGCCAUACAUUCCUCUGGCUACAUAUUUCGUGAUCUCCAGAAAUGUAUAUAGGGGGUACAAUUUCAGAAUGAGCCUAUGUUGUUAUAAAGUCAAGAUGGAAUAAGUAAUGUCUUUACAUUUUUUACGCAGACCAUCAUGAUACAAUUUUAUGUUGGCUUUCAAAGAAACUAAAUAUCCUUUCAUUUAUAUGCCUCAAAGUAUGUUUUGAUGUUUAUUUUUAUUAAGGCAAGACACUGCUGGUGCAAACUAUGGUAAAAAAAAACUAAUAGUUAUACUUCCACAGCUGAUUGAUUACAUUAAAAAUAGAAAUAUGCACAAAUUAUGUACAAUUCUGGCAAACAUAAUCCACAAAUCUGAUCUGAUUGUUUAGCAACAGUUUUUGCCUACAGUGUGUCACCUGAAAUGAAAUGCACCAUUCAUACCACCAAAGACACUGUACAACAUCAUGAAUCUGGAUUUAUUUUAUAUUCAAAUCUAUUUAAUGAAACAUAAUCCUAGUUACAUAAUGAAAGACUAUGAAAAGUGAGGUUUUGCACAGUUGUGUAUUUACUGUACAUUCUUCUGUGAUAUUAGCAUACAGUAGCUGUCAGUUUUCUAAUAGUGCACUGUGAUUUCGUUUACCACAAUGCUUUCAGAUUAGCUAAUUUAUACCGUUUACAAAUGACCUGACUCAAGCUAUGGUGUUAUUUGAUCAUAGACGUCAGCAUUUAAUAUUAGUAACCUUUUUAAUAAAAGAUGAUAUUUGUUCCUGUUUCAAGGAAUUUGAUCUUAAAUGUGGCAUAUCUGAAUUGUCCUUUCCUUUCAAAUUCAUUGACUCGUGUGUUACGUGUAUCUCUGGUUGCCUCAGAUCCUGUUGAGUUUGAACAAAAAAGAACGACGGCCACUUUUAUUCACUGAUGUUUUCCUACAUGAGUAUUUAAGUCUGGUUUUACUGUCUGUAAUGCACAUGAUGAUUAUGAUGUGUAUUUGAAAUUAAAAAACUGAUUUGUCCUUAAUUGAUUUCAUAGGGUUCUUUAUUUAUUUUGGUAAUGUUUUAAUACUUUGCUUUUAAACUAGAUUCAAAAAAGGAUAGAAAAUAUACAUGGAAUUAAAUUAGUCAUGAGUUUCAGUGGUUAAACCUUGUGACAUUUUAGCAGUGCAGAGCUUAGUAGUUUUUAUUAUUAUUAUUAUUAUUAUUAUUAUUAUUAUUAUUAUCAUCACCAAACAAAUUCCACACAAGGACAUGGUGGCUCAGUGGUUAGCACUGUCGCCUCACAGCAACUAUAUUUUGCCAUAGUUGGUGAAUGGUGUGCAUGGGUGUUUUAUAGUACUGUGUGACUGCUUAAAAUAUAUUUUAUUCAUUCUUCUGUGGUGACCCCUGAAAAAAAAGGUACUAAGCCGAAGGAAAACGAACGAAUGAAUGAAUGUUUGCGAAAUGCUUCGUUUAAAUAAAGAGUGAGGUAUU